GUAUUUGUGUGUUAUAUGGUAUAUGUGUAUACAGCGGCUAGCGGGGAACCAAAUCCUAAUAUAGUGUAUAGUAGAUAGAGUUUACUGUAGAUUGUGUGUAGAUAUAUGUUUAGUAUUAGUAGUAUAUAGAUGGAGGGACUGAUGAUGAGCAGACGGUAACGGGAGUGAGACGCAUGAUCGCGACGGCGCGGCGAGUGUAAGUAUGUAUGAGUGGGGGAUAGGACACAACACGAGAGACGAGAGAGUUGAGUGUAGAGGGUUUAGAGUAGUAGACUCGACUUUACUUCGUUCGACUUGGACUACUCUAUGCUAUGCUCACUACUCUCGGUACAUACUUUGAUACUCUCAUUCUGAUUCUCUAAUUUUAUUAAGAUCCAAUCGCCUAUUAGCAACCGCGUUACUCUGGUGCAGUGCAGCCUGCGAGUAACCGUCGAAGAUCUGUUUUCUGUUUAAUUGGUUCCAGUUGAAAUAAAGGCGAAUGGUGGAUAAAGGUAAUAAUUACCAGGAUAUUAAAUCAAUAAAAGUAUAAAAAUUAGUGUACUUUUGAUAAACACUAAAGACAAUGAGUGUUUGACAGUGGAAAUUUUGUUGAUCCAAGUGUUGACUUUAACUGACUUACUGUUUAUUAUUAUAUUACCUUCACUUAGUCGUUCGUCACGUUCGAAUGUGCACAGGUGCGCCAGGAGGGGGAGAAUAACGGACAAGUAGUGGUAGAAGUACACUUGUUAUUAUUGUAUAUUGUAUGUAUACAUGUAUUUAUUUUCAUACAUGUGGAUGCAAACGUAUGUACGUACGUAGUUAUGUAUGUAUAAAUGUAUGUGGAAGUGUAAUGUAAUGUAAUGAAGAAGGAAUAAGUAUCAGCAGAGAGAGAGAAAGAUUCGUUAGCUGUGUAACGGUUGUUGUUAUUGUUGAAGUCGCGAACGCGACCGAUUGAAUAGACUUUAGCCGCGCGUUAUUUAGAAACAAAACCGACUUAUUUGUGGACGGUGCUACUGUGAUUGAAAGGAGACCAAGGGAAAAAAAAUAAGUCGGUCAGUGGUCAGUGUCUGAAUAUUUUUUAUUAUUUUUUACAUUAUUAUCACAAAUUCCGUGAACUAUUACCGUAAUUGAUGAGUAAUUAUUUAUCGUUGCUGUUGUUACUGUUUUCAUCAACUUAAAAAAAUAUAUAGACAAUAUUAUUGAGGAGCCGACAUAAUGCUCGACUUUGAACAGCAGGCGAAUCAGGCGCAGGCAUUGGCCUCACUCGACGAGGACUGGCACCUGCUUGGGG